CGCUCAGUCAGUCAGUAGAGUUUUUCCUCUGGUGCAGCGAGGAGUGCUUUUCACGCCGGGUCUACGAGCAUGCUUUCGUCGUUGCGCGCUCGAGUCGUUGCGUCUCGCCCCCGGAGCAUGGGGUAGCAACCACCCCCGAGUGGUGCCCCAUACAUAUCAACUCGUCUUGAGGAGUCUUCCUGAGCAAAAAUGUUGCCGGCGCGUCGGUGAAGCGCAAGUGCUCGCAAAGUUCACGUUUCGCCCCCGAGUUUCGGAAAUUUGGAUUCAGUGCUUAUUUUGGUGGAACUUGCUGCCAAAAUGGCUCGGAUUGUUUUGUUGCUGCUGUGUAUUAGUGCGUCGGCUGUUUUCGGUCAAUUGCGCCAGCCGCGCAUCACAGAGCACCCUUCGGACAUCACGGUGGCCAAGACCGAGCCGGUCACCCUGAACUGCAAGGCUGACGGCAGGCCCGAACCAACGAUCCAGUGGUUUCGCGGCGACAAGGGCGAGUUGGUGCGCACCACCCUGAUAGACCCUCGGUCGCACCGCGUGCAGCUGCCCACCGGCUCUCUCUUCUUCCUCAAGGUGGUGCAGAACAAACGGGAGCAGGACGGCGGCGUCUACUGGUGCGUGGCCAGCAACGAGGUCGGCACUGUCCGCUCGAGGAACGCCACGUUGGAGAUUGCCUUGUUGCGCGACGAGUUCAGAGUGGAACCGAAAGGCACCAGCGUGGCCCAGGGCGAACCGGCCCUGCUCGAGUGCGGUGGCCCCAAAGGUCACCCGGAGCCCACCAUCAGUUGGCUGAAAGACAACCGCCCCAUCGACACCGAAAAUACUAGAAGAAUUCGCAUUGUGGAUGGAGGAAAUUUGCUGAUAAACGAUGCGCGACAAAGUGACGAGGGUAGCUACCAGUGCGUGGCCACAAAUGUCGUCGGGCACCGCAGCUCUAAGGCCGCCGUUCUCUCAGUUCACGUCAAACCUUACAUCAUAAAGGCACCAAAAGAUGUGACUGAACUGCAGGGAUUGAGCGCCGAGUUCAGCUGCCGGGUUGACGGUGACCCGGUGCCCAAAAUCCUGUGGAGCAGGGCAGACGGGAAAAUGCCGCACGGCAGAGCGCAUAUUUUAGAAGAUAAGUCACUACGCAUUGAAGACCUGCAACCCGGAGACGACGGACUGUACAUUUGCAAUGCAGAAAAUGUUGUUGGAUCGAUUACAGCUCAGGCCCAUCUCACCGUGCACUCGCCGCCUGAUUUCAUUGUCAGGCCUGAUGACCGCAAAGUAGCUGUCAAUGGUGUGACAACAUUCACUUGCUCAGCUCACGGACAGCCACCGCCUUCGGUUUUCUGGAGCAAGGAGGGCAAUAGUCAGGUGCUGAUGUUCCCCGGGCACGACUACGGGCGUCUGCACGUCAGCUCGGCGGGCGAACUUGUGGUCAGGGGGGCUCGACGGGGCGAUUCCGGCUACUACAUUUGCUCGGCUUUGAGCGUCGCUGGCUCCAAAAUCGCUAAAGCCCUUCUGGAGGUGACCUCUGUGGACGACAACCCCCCGCCUUUGAUCCAAAUCGGACCAUCAAACCAAACGCUCCCUGUUAAUACAAAAGCCGUGCUUCCGUGCUCAGUGUCUGGAGAUUCGGAGCCAAAGGUCAGAUGGAGCAAAGACGGGGUCAACCUGAAUUUGGAUAAGACUGGAAGGGUGUCUGUCAGUGAUAAAGGCACUCUUAUUAUUGAUGAACUGCAGAUGAGCGACACGGGACUGUUCACCUGCACCGCUUACUCUGAGAGUGGCGAGUCAACGUGGGCAGCUUCCCUGAUCGUGGUGCCUCAGGAUCACAAGCACAUCCAUCGCAUGCCAGAUCCAGACGCCUUUCCCGGAGCGCCAAGCAAGCCUUUCGUGUCUAACGUAACAGACACGUCCGUGCUGCUUUCCUGGAGGGCAAGCUCACCUGGCGCUUCGCAACUCGUUGGCUUCACCGUGGAGGUUUUCAGCAGUGAGCUGCAAAGUGGAUGGAGCGUUGCUGCUCACCGCGUCACUGGCAGCAGUAUUAAGAUCACGCAGCUCAAGCCCAACACCAGCUACAUUUUCAUAGUGAGGGCUGAGAACUCGCACGGGCUGUCACCACCCAGCACAUUGUCGGAGAAAAUUAUUACCUUAGCGAGGAGAGGGAACAACGGCGUGGAAUUUGAUUUGCAAGACGUGAGGCAGAGGCUCAGCUCAAAAAUUGUCGAGCUGAAGGAUGCUCAGCCUGCGAGUUCCACGUCGGUUAGACUGGUUUGGGAGAUACUCUCAGAAGAGCAGUAUGUAGAGGGUUUUUACGUCCGCUUCAGGGACGUCUCGAGUGGUUCUCAAAAUUACGCCAUGGCCACAGUUCUUAAUUCAGGAGCUGUGAGCUAUGUGGUGCGUCAGCUGAAAGAAUUCACAACAUAUGAGUUCUUCCUAGUGCCCUUCUACAAGACUGUUGAGGGCCAACCCUCCAAUUCGCGUACCGUCCAGACAACCGAGGAUUUGCCAUCGGCGGCGCCUGAAAAUGUGCUUGUGGGAAUGAUAAAUAAUACAUCAGCUUUCGUCAAGUGGAGUCCGCCACCACCACAGCAUCACAAAGGUAUCCUACAAGGCUACAAGAUUCAAGUUAAAAGCGCGAACAGCAGCAGGGUUCUUGCCCAGAUGACCCUGAACGCGACCACCCUGACCGUGCGCCUGAACAAUUUGACGACAGGCGUUUCCUAUGCUGUGCGAGUGGUUGCAUACAACAGAGCAGGAAUGGGCCCCUACUCACCCCCAAUCCUCCUCACCAUGGACCCAGCCUCUCUGCACCUGAGCGACUCGAACCUUCAGAAUGCAGGAGAGUCGGGAAAUCCACUUCUGCAUCACAAUUGGCAUGUGCUCUUUGCUGCCCUGGUUUCUCUUGUUCUGCUCGUGAUGGGUGCCGUGCUUUACUACGUCCGAAAACAUCACUCCAGCAAAAAGCAGCUCGGCCAUCAAAGUGCAGUUCCUGUGGUCAAAGCGAUGGAAUUGACUUCCCUAGACAUGGGAAACACAAAACAAGCUCCUUUGUGGAUUGAUCGCGGUUGGGGCGCCCAGGACAGGAACACUCCCGGCACACAAAAUCUCCUCUCUGGCUCCAACGCUGGUUCUGAUUAUGCGGAAGUUGAUCCUAGGGGGCUUUCUACCUUUGGAAGGAGGGAGCCACCCCAAUUGCCUGGACCAUAUGCAACCACAACCCUCAUUGGUUCAGCACGCAGAGACACUUCAAUGGACGAACAAAUGUUUUGCGGUGUGCCAAGCUCUUCUGCCAGUGAUCCAAAAACUUCCAGCUCAAAUGACUCAUGUCCUCGACAGGACAACUGCAGCAUGGGUUCACAUGAGCAUCAGUCCAAUCUUUAUAUUGAGGACGGUGGUUUGCUGCAGCGUCACAAAAAGCCACCAAGUAUACGAAACAAGAUGUCAAUUCUAAACAACGGCCCAAUGGGUCCAAGCUGGUCGGAUUUCAUUCCUCCUCCCCCUCAGGAAGAACCGCCCCCACUGGGAAUGAAUGACCGACCAGAAACCCCCGCAAGUGCCAGACUCCUCCAGUCGUUGCAGGCGUUGAAAAAAGGCACAAGUCCACUUCCAAACCGGAGGCUCCACAUGAACUGGAAUAGCAUGUCCAGCGAGUCCCGAUUCCCGGCACCCACCCAGCCACCACCUGGAGUUCCUUAUGAUGAGCUUGGCUUGACUGACCGGGGAAUCCAGUCUUCGCUUCCCAGUUUGACCGGAGAGUCAGCUCGUCUGCUCGGAAGCAACAGGCGCAACAUUGUGCCUGAAAUUGCUGACUACAGUGAGGCAGAGUACAGUGUUGCGGGAGAACCAGGACAGGGAUACAGCAGCGCUCAGACCAGUGAAGAGGAUGACCACGUAAACGGUAACUGCUGCUCAUGCAGCGAUGCUGACGGCGCCUAUGAAGAACAAGCAAUGACAAAGAUCUGUCAGCAUGCUGGGCGCCAGCAGCAAAGGAGGUUCGAGCGUCCGCACAAAAGGCCGACCUCGCCAUAUAGUUCGGAUUCGAACUACAGCAGUGGCCGACAAAGGCGUGACAGAGCUCCCAGGAGAAAACAGCCAAAUAUUUCUAAUUCGCUAGAUAGACCGGAAGGUCACCCUUACUGGUCAAACACGUCACCGCUAACAAGUCCCCACAGUCCUAAUUCGGCGCACAAGCCACCUCUGCCUCCAACUCUCGCUCAUCAGCAAUAGAGAGCCGCUGUCUCUCAAGAUGCUCAAAUCGAUUUCUCCUCAUUUCUUUUCUUGCUGUAGAAUGUGUUUUACAUACAUGUACUCUAUCUCUAUCUCUCUUGUUACGCUGUGAUUUGGCAAUAAUUGCCACACAUCAUUUAUCGGUGUGCAAAAUGUAAUAUGCAGCAAAUGUAGGGGGAUAAACAUGAACAGGCAAUGUCGCCAUUGUUAAUUUGUAAUUUAUUAAGGCUGUGUAUAGUCCUAGAUCAAUGUGGAUGAGACGUAACACGCGCGAAUAAUCCCUCUCUUGAAACUAACCCAAACACUCAUUCUUGGUAAUAAAAACUAGACGCAAGGCGGGCUCUUUGGUUUUUUGGUUCUUUCGGAUUUGCAACUUCCUAUUUCCAUUUUGAAUCGAUGUUAAAAUUUGCCAACACCAAAAAGAAAAAAAUGCAACUUCUCCUUGGCCAUCAAUUAUAAUUGACAGGAACCUUGAUAGGAGAACUUUGCAGAACGUAAUGAAAUAUUGCAGAUGAUAACAGUGUAAAUCUAAUCAUUGCUCUAUAGAAACUGUCAAAAGUUAUCAGCUUAGGAACGUGUCAAAAUGACCAUUUUUGUAUACUUGUUAUGGGACAUAGCAAAAAAAAAUAACGAAAAGCAAUGCAACCUUAGGAGCCACAGAUCCACGCCGUAAAAUAGCUAAUAUUGCUGUACAAGUUUGCAUCCACUACUUUGAAUAACAUGUCAGUAAUACCAUAGGAUUAAGGCCAACUAUGAUGUUCUAGUGCAGGAAAUGAAAUGUUGCUGGAAUGUAAAAAUCAAAUGAAUGUAUAGGUUUGAUGUCAAACCUUUUGGAAAAAAUGAACGUGUUUCUGAUCUGACUAGUUAAAACGCAAAUGUGUAUUGAUAUGGCAAACAGUAAAAAACUGCUUUCGGUUUUCUUUUUAAUUUUGAAAACACUGCCAUUCUGACUGACAAAACUAAUAUAAUAAGUAAUAAUGGGCUAAAUUGAAAGACACGACCAUCCAUGUCUAAGAAUAUUUCAUGUAGGAAAUUCAAAAUGAUUAAAUAUUAAUAAAAAAUAA